GGAUUUCCCGUCCACCGCCCACUGCACUAUUCCCAGCCAUGGCGGCUUCCACUGGCCUCCACACGCUGGCUGUGGCGAGCGCCGUUCGACCACUGACGCUAGAGAAGGCAAAGCGCCUGGCCUUCAAGCUGGAGGUGCCACUCCCCGUCCUAGACAACAUCGAAGCCAGGUACAAAGGUGAAGAUAGGAAGUUCCACUUCAUUCAAGAGUGGCUGGACAGGGACGUCAGCGCAAGCUGGGAGAAACUCGUUUCUGGACUGGAAAAGAUCGACAUGACUGUUUUGGCUGCGGAAAUAAAAGCCAAUUUUGUUGAAGAGCCUCAGAUCACUGGUUCCUCAGCGUCUGGUGGUCAACUUCAACCUACCGCUAGUCCUUUCUCCACUCUUUCUUCUCUGGAGACAGUUGACAUGCCAAUAGAGUUAACACCCAAGUGUUUGUCUCCUGCUGUUUUCUCAACCGCCAACUCGUUCACUGCAUCUGCUCCAAGUAGUAGCACCACUUCUACUCGUGCUCCGACCACCACAGUCUUACUUCCACACCCUAGUGCCGAUGUAACAGACUCUGUCUCUCUCUCAACCGCCCACUCUUCCCUUACCACUCCUUCGUCCUCUACUGUUUCGACCAGCACAAUCCUCCCUCACACUCCUAUCACUACUCCCAUUUCUUCAACUGACACACGGACCAGAGAUCCUGCAAAUUAUUCCCAAACUUCAAGCAAUGCCCAACAGCCGCCGUCAUUUACUGCAACACCAGAGCCAGCUAUUGUCGCAGUUGCUCCAACCCCAGCACCGACUACCACUUCAGCCACACCCACCCAAUCGGAACCAGUGGACGAUGAGAGAGUGGCCCAGGUCAGAGCCAGCAUCGAGCGAUUCGAAGACGAAUUCUCAGAUCUCUUUGUCGACGCACAGUUAUCUUGGUCUGAGAGGGAGGCACGAGAGCGUUUGUUCACUAAACGAUUCCGUGCCCACCUCCUAGCACUCCCUGUCUCAAAGAAAGCCUCUCACAUCAAAUUCUUCCAACAGCACAGGAAGGAGAUCCGCCAAGCCAAAGACAUUGAUGUUUUGUGUGAUAUUCUCACUCAGUACAGCAACUACACCAACUACGAGAUUAUAUUCCAUCUCGUCAAAAAGUUCUGUAGAGAGGAGCUGAAAACCAGGAUGAUUUCCUACCGAGACUCUUUCACGGCAUUUGAGAUGGCCACAACGACCGACGUCUACCUCUGUGCCAUUUCGGCUCGCCCGGAGAGCGAGAUCAGGGCUGGGUUUGUCAAGAUGGCCAUGAAGAUCAACAAGCCAACGUCAGCCUGCACGCUACACGAGAUACGACAGUUGCGAGAAUCAAUCGCAGAAAACGCCUCUCUCCACUCCUACAGCAUGUAUAUCGAGAACCCCACUGGGGGAUCUGUGGUCGCAGCGUUCCGAGUUCCUUCCCACUGCAUUUGGUUCAUCGCCAGAGCCGUAACCCCAGAGCUAACACUGGAGCAGAGGCUGUCUGAUGUGACUAUAGCUGGUCGGGAUCUCACGCACUGGGAUUCAAACUUCUCCAGGUCCACGUGGACAGCAAGAGCUGCUCUCAUGAAGGAGUAUGUGACUGAUGGAGCUGAUGGCCAGUACCUACAAGGACGUGACUAUCACACCAGCAGUUUUCUCAGCGGCAGUGGUAGAGCUGAAUAUACCAGUGCCAGGGACCUCUCCACCGGCAAGAUGUUUGUGAUCAAAUCAACAACGUAUGACGAUGAAGAAAUGUUGGAGGGGCUUACAAAGGAGUCAGAUAUGCUUUCAAGGAUACCACCUCACGAGAACAUCGUCACGUUCAUUGGAUCCAUGCUGGAGGAGACAUUACUGGAGAACGACACAGUUUCGCAGAGAUGCAACCUCUUCGCGGAGCUAGCUGAACAUGGAAGCCUUGCCAACAUGAUAGAGGGUGCACAGGGAUGGAGAGAUGGGAAGUAGCGUAGGUGUGGACCAGAGUCUGUUUUACCUCCGCCAGAUCCUGCUGGGAGUCGCCCACCUUCGCUCACUCCACGUUCUUCAUCUCAACAUUAACAGUGAGAAUAUUCUCAUUCUAGAAGGUGGUAGGAGGCUCAAACUCACAAAUUUUGAGAAGGCCCUUUACUUUGAGGACGUCUCAAGACCUGGAAUGCUGCCGUUGACAGGAGUUGCUCCACACUUUGCUGCCCCCGAAGUCAUCAGAAGAGAAGAGCUGAGUUUCUACAGUGACGUGUGGAGCUCAGUUUGUGUCUUCAUUCACCUGGUCACAGGGAGUCUUCCAGGCCAUCGUGCUGGGCUCACUUCUAGAGACAGCAUGAGGGACAUGUUGAUGAAGUACAGAGAUGAAGACAUGGAGAAACUGGUGCCUCUCUCUGAGAUGGUGUUGGAUCGUGAGCUGGUCAGUAUCUUCAGAGACACUCUGCGUGAUGGUUCUCGACCCAGUGCUCUUACCCUCCUAAAAUAUCCUGCUCUCAAAAAUGCUGACAUGUAUGAGCACAACUUUCCGGCACUACGACAGAGAGAGGGGAGUGAGGCUCCUCUUCCCCUUGGCUCAGAACUGCACAUCGCAGGACCCAGUGCCACACCAGUUAGCAAGCCCCCAACAACGGACGAGGAGGAGAAGGUGGUACAUAAAGGUGGACAGAAGCGUCCAAGCAAGUUUGACCCAGUUCGCAGAAGACGAACACAGUCUUCGAGAUACAUUCUCCAAAGUUCAGAAGGUGUUGAGCCUCUAAAACCGAAAAUGGAAGGACCAACACGAGAACCUACUACAAUCCACCACAUGCCUCGUGAAAUGAUCGUGGCUAAGGGCGUCAGUCAAAAAACAAGUCGGUCAGACACCAUCUCACAGCAGCUUCUAUGAGCUUCGGGUCGUCUGGCUCGCCAUAUGGCUCGCAUUGGCUACCGGGGUGGCGAGUCAGCCAUUCGCAGUCCAGAAAAGCAUCCGCCAGAGAUGAGAGAACUAUUGCACCACAUCAGCUCUCGUCCUACUACUGCGCUUAUAGGUACAGCACAAUCACGCAAAACGUAAUCAGCCAUAGGGGGAAGUGGCUCACAGAUUUGGAGGGAGAACAUGUUUGCAGAUUCAGAGGACAGUGCAUCACACGAUUAUCGCGCACAUGGCCAUUUUCAUGCUCCAACCCUAGCCACGUCCGCGGACUGUCAUUUAGAGAAGGCGUUGGUAAGAGAACGUCAACGUCUAAUCGACUCCCUUAUCCAGCGUGAAGUCAGUUCAGCGAUGUGCAUCACCUACCGCAUCCUCUCAGCAGUGAGAUAUGAAUCUACACGUUGGCUAGUACUUAUGAUCAUGUGCCCAGUGGUCCUUGGCGUCGUCCUCGCCAUCGAAGUGUCCCCUGCUCCACUAGGAGUCAAGCAUCAUGCUCCUGGAGAGAGUAGCAUGAACUGGUUCGAUUAGUAGGGAUGCAACGGGUGCAAUUUCAUUGGUUGCAGAUCUGAAGAGUAGCGGAAACUGCAACCUGGUCUCAAAAAUGGGCUGUUCAGCAGCUGCUUUGAGUUACAGUGGAGAGUCCACCUACGAAGGGCCGUAGGAAACUCUGUGUAGGGCUUCACACAUUGGGUGGUGACGGAGCCACUUUUAUAAUCGUCAUACCACAUGAUGUGGAGUAUAGUUAUGCUAUACAUACAGCACACGUCUUCAAAUACAGCACUUAUCAUUUAGUAUGUAAUUCAUAUGCUAUGAAAAUGAUGCAGUAUAAUAUAUUACACAUACACAUAGAUUCUUAAAAAGGUUUGUGGAGAGGUGAAAAAUCACAUGUCAGUUGAAGAGAAAGAGUCUUUGGUGCUGCUGCGUUCCCUGGUUUCCAGUGGUGCAGGGCGUGGCCUUCCUGUGGCAGGGCAGAUCUCCGGGCGUGGCAUUGCUGCCACGAACGGGGCGGUGCGUCUCUUGAAAGGUCGUCGUGAGAGUGAACCCUCCAUCGCCAAUAAUCUGACCUUUGUCGUGAAAGUGGUGCAUCUCAUCUUGUCCUCCUUGUAGUGCGUCCCUGUCUCUGUGUCCGCGGAGACUCUCCUGGUUGUGGGUCGUAUGGAACACUCAGGCAGCACUUCAUCGUAGCCCUGGGCCUUUCUCAUCUGUUUGAGCUCCUCCUCUGUCUUCACAAUAUCUCCACACAUCGCGUGAUCAUGCAUCCAUCAUUGGAGCCUGCGUGUAUGGAGCAUCAGUAGGCAUAUACAUGGUAUGCUCUCAUAGUAGUUCAUUGGUGAAAAAACUGGUACUUGUAGUCUGUGUCACCUGUCGUGAGAAGACCUGAACCCUCUUGGUGACCUUCUCCUCCCGGUCCUCCAGCUCCAGCACCGAGUCAAACUCCAGCCACAGAGAGCUGUAGAAGUCCUCUCCGUCCUCCGGUGCCUCCUCAAACUCCCAGGACAGCUGGUCGUAUGUCAGGUACA